AUGGAUGCAUGGAUUUCAAUUUUCGCAAUGCAGGGUGCUGAGUUGAGUGUUUCGCGUGUGUAUGCCGAUGUAGUGGCGAACAUGCCCCCAGAAUACGCCGAUUACGACGCGGUGGACAUUAAGUGGGAUUCUCCGGAACGAUACCAAAUCAUCCGCAAGGUGGGAAGAGGCAAGUACAGUGAAGUGUUUAAGGGAAUCGAUGUUCAGACAGGAGAUGCUGUUAGUAUCAAGUACCUCAAGCCAGUGCGUUUUGCAAAGAUCAAGCGCGAAAUCAAGAUCAUGCAGCAGCUUUCCGGCGGUCCGUCGAUUCUCCCUCUACUGGCGACCGUGCGUGAGCCCACAACGAAUGCUCCUAGUUUGAUAACUCGCUGGGUGGAAUCGAAGGAUUUUAAGGAGUUCUACUUCGGUCUCACCGACUACGAGCUUCGCUACUAUUUCUACAAAAUCCUGAUCGGGCUGGACUAUGCGCACAGCCGAGGAAUCAUGCAUCGCGACAUCAAGCCCCAGAAUAUUCUCAUCGAUAUCAACACGAAGGAAGUGUUCAUUAUCGACUGGGGCCUCGCCGACUACUACAAGCCUCACGAGAAAUACAACGUGCGUGUGAGUACGCGGAACUACAAGGGACCGGAGCUUCUCACGAACGACAACUACUACGAUUACUCCCUCGAUAUUUGGUCCCUGUCGUGCAUGCUCCUCGGUAUCGUGUUCAACAAGACGCCGUUCUUCCGAGGCAAGGACAAUUACGAUCAAUUGCGGAAGAUCUCGGAGGUGCUCGGCAGCGCGGAUCUGGACAAGUACAUCGAGAAAUACAACUUACGGCUGAACCGGGAGACCAAAAGCCUGCUGUCGUACUUCCCGCGACGGAAUUGGAAGGAGUUCAUCAAUCCCUCGACAAAGAAAUUUAUAAAUGACGAUCUGUUUGACUACCUUGAUAAAACGCUGGUUUAUGACCAUAAUGAUCGGUUGACCGCCAAGGAGGCGAUGGCGCACAAGUGGUUUGAUCCUGUACGCGAGGAUGUGGAGAAGGAGCUGAAGGAACGUCAGCUUAUGCAGCAGAAGGGAGAAGAAGCACCGAAAAAGGCACACAUUGAGGAAUAG